AUGUCUCGCCCAUUCCAAGACUGCGUCCUCCUCCUCGGCGACUCCCUCAUACCGGGACAUGGAGUUCAUGGGAAUCUCUACGAGCGCAUGAACCUCGCCUAUACGCGUAAGCUGGACGUACUGAACAGAGGUUUCGGCUCUUAUAACUCGAAUGGCCUACUGGUCCUCCUGGAUCAGAUGCUUGCCAAGAAGAAGGUUGCAGCUACCUCGCCAGUGAUCAGGAUGGUGGUCAUCUGGAACGGUAGGACGGACUCCAUCGGACGAGCACUCCUCACAAGCUGA